UUUAAUGUUAAUGGAACAACAAGCCCCUCCAUUUUAAGCCACCCCUUUUCCUCUUCUCUCUCCUCUCUCUAUCUCUUUCCUUUCUUCUCUCUCCUCUCUCUCUCUCUGUCUCUUUCUUUUCUUCUCUCUCCUCUCUCCAGGAAAAAAGAGCUGUUUUACCCACACAAUGGAUGAUGAUGGGUUGAAUAUGAGAAAUUGGGGGUAUUAUGAGCCAUCAUUUAAAGAACAUAAUGGGCUGCAAUUAAUGUCUCAUUUUGGUGACCAUAGAGACACAAAACCCUUUUUAUCUGCCCGUGAAACCCCCAUUAUGAUAAACCCUCACGGCGGUGCAGCCGCCGGAACCACCACUGCCGCCGCCGGUUACCACCACCACCACCCGCUCAUACCAAUGCCGUACAUGAGAGAUAGUUGGGUACAUAGAGAGAGGUUACUUCAUAUGCUACCCGGGCCCGGAAACCCUAACUUUGUCCCGGAUCAUUCGGGUUCGGGCUCGAAUUCGAUCCACAUUAUGCAUCCGAACGGUACGUUGAAAGACCCGGGAUUGAGCUUGGAGGAUAUCGGUGGUGGGGAUGGUGAUGGUGAUGGUGAUGGUGAAUGUGUAGGCGAUGUUGGCGGGCCUAACGGGCCGGUGAAGAAGAGAUCUGGCCCGUUGGGCCCGAAAGGCCCACGAGGGAAGAAACCAAAGAAGGCGAAGGAAACCGCGAACCAAACAGGUCAAACGGGUCAAACGGGCCAACGAUCGAAGGUUAUGAAACGAAGUUUGGAUAUCGUGAUAAACGGGCUGGAUAUGGACAUAUCUGGGAUCCCGAUACCGGUUUGUUCAUGCACUGGAACGCCUCAGCAGUGUUAUCGAUGGGGGUCGGGUGGGUGGCAGUCGGCUUGUUGCACAACCACCAUUUCGAUGUACCCGUUGCCGAUGAGCACGAAACGCCGUGGGGCUAGGAUUGCGGGCCGGAAGAUGAGCCAAGGGGCUUUUAAGAAGGUGUUGGAGAAGUUGGCUUCUGAAGGUUAUAGUUUUGAUAAUGCAAUUGAUUUGAGGGGUCAUUGGGCUAAACAUGGGACCAACAAGUUUGUAACAAUCAGAUAGAUCAAGUGUAGAUACAUCUGUGGUUGUUUGCAGAGGAUAUUUGAGACUUGCCCAUGAGAUUUAAGUUUUCUUUUUUAUUUUAGACAAUUGGGAAUUUAAAUUUAUAUCGAUUUAUGCGAAAAAGAAUGUAUCUUGUUCACUCUUUAACUGUAGAUUUAAAGAUUCAGUUUAUAAUCUUUGUCAUCA